ACUCCGCGGAACUCACGUCUUAACCUGACAGCCGGCAGUCCUCUGCUACAUGUGUGUUUUAAGUAUGGCGCCAAGAAAGAAAUAACUCUAUAAGUAGGAUAUUUUACACAGAAAAUGAGAAACCAAGCGAAGGAGUUAUGAACGUAUUAAAAACGACUCCUAAAAAAGGGAAGAACGUUGGGAGUAAGAAGAAAAUGGAACUAGGAAACUUGUUAAAAAUAUGACCCCAUCAGAAUACUCGGAAGCAAAGAAGAAGUAAAGAGAGCAUUGCACCAAGUAUCGCAAUAAGAAAAACGUAUUAAAACACGUGUAUGAGAGAAAAUACUCUAGAUUCUGUUGUAUCUAAUUCAUCUCAAAUGUCAACACCUGAAGUUGCUGAAAUUAUUUGAAAAAGAUAGAUAAUAAAGAAGAAAAAUCAUUAAGAAUUAAUUAGAUAAACGAAGAAAUUAGAGUCCUUAAAAAUUAAAGUAUUGAUUGUUGGCAAACAUAAGUUAAAAAGUAUUGCAGUAAUACUUUUUAACCUAUCUUUUAUGAAACUAUUUUUGCCAAGUCUUUUUUCUUUGAGUUUCUGCCAUUUUCUUCAACUUAGUGUUCGAUAUAUUUUUAGACUAUGUAUUUGCUUUCGUACAUGCUUGAUUUGUUAUUCGACUUAUACAAGAAAUUCCAACGCAAUUUCAAACUGAGUUAUCAAGCCUUUUGUAGACUGCAACCUUUUUGGAUUAUCGUGCCCAAAACUGAUAAGCAUGAUACUUGUUUGUGCAUUAACCACACGAAUAUAUACAUUUGAAAUUAUUAGCUUCAGAAAAGUAAUUUAUGAGUAUAAGCCACAACUAAUUGUGUAAGAUGUGUUCACUGAUUCGGAAUCUGAUAAUGAAGCUGGGAUAAGUUCUGCUACAGUAAAAGCAUUAAACACAUAUUACAUCCUCGACAAAUUGCUUGCCAGAAACAUGGAAUGUUUCACACAUGUGAGCAUUAUUGACAAGAUUGAUGAAGAAGAUGGCGAAAUUCGUGUAAUAAUCCUAAAGCUCUGUGGUAAUUAAGACCAUACAUUCAGAUUUGAACAAGACAAUGUGGCAGAUGUUACAAUGGACCAGGUGAUACAGAAACUACCUAUUCCAAAUAUAGUUUUAAAAAAAGGCAAUAGAAUUUUCUACAAAUUUUAUUCACCUGCAAAUAUUUUUUAAAAACAGUAAGACCAAAUUCCUAAUACUAUUUUUCUUUACCAAUUUGUGUCAUAUUUAAGUUAUAAAUAAUUAUCUUUAAUUAUAUGAGACUGAUUGUAAAGUGUAAGAUUCAUAGUAUUUAAACAUUUUUUUCAAUGUACGUGUUAAUUAAAUACUUUACUUUAAUUAAUUACUUAUUAAGAUUUCAGAGUUAGAAUUUGAGUAUGAGUAGAAUAUUAUAAAAAGACGAGAAGGACUAAAAGAAGCGUAGAUUUUUUGUUUCUUUAUUAUUUACAUACUUAAUUCCUAAGCUCCAAAUUUUUUAGAAAAUAAAAAGAUUUAAUUUUGGAACUGAAAUAUUAUUUUGAGGUGGAGGACAGAGUGCAGAGUUGGCACGUGGAAUGUUAGAGUUGGCACGUGGAAUGUUAGAGGAGGCAUGAGAGAUAAGACGAAUGAGCUGAUCGAAAUAAUGAAAGAAAGAGAAUUAGAUGUCGUACGUCGGAGACCAAACGGAAGGGCAGUGGUACUGAAGAGCUCCCUGGCGGGACGUUAGCUCUAUGGUCCGGAGUCCCGGAGAGCGAGAGCGCCUGCCAGGGAGUGGGGGUGCUGCUGUCGUCUCGGUUGGUCGAUGUUAUGACUGAAUAUAAGGUUGUGAACUCAAGACUUCUCUAGGUUCGCUUUAAAUUGGGACUGACGAAGUUAUUCCUUUUGGCUGUUUAUGAACCGGUAGCUUCGUCGUCCAGGGCUGAGCUGGAGGAGUUUUGGGAGAAUGUAAGAGAAGUUCUAGAUUUGGUUAGGGGAAACGAAAGAAUUGUUGUAUGUGGUGAUUUGAAUGGAUGGGUUGAUACUGCUCGACUAGGGUACGAGUCGGUGCUUGGAAAGUUUGGCAAUAAAAGGGUUAAUGAUGCUGGCAAGCUUAUACUGGCUGUAUGCAAGGAAAAGGGUCUUCUUGUGACAAACACUAUGUUUAAUCACAAGAAAAUCCAUAUGUAUACUAGAGAAAGAAAGAAUGAGAGAAGUAUGAUCAAUUUGUUCCUGGUGGAUGACCGACUGCGAAAACAGGUGAUGGAUACGCGAGUGUUCAGAGGUGCUGACCUAGGAACGGAUCACUAUCUAGUGAUUACUAGAUUUAGGGGUCUGUUCGCGGGUUGGCGCUACCGGACGGCAGUGACAGAACCACAGUCGGUCUGUCGCAUCCGAAGCUGGAAGCUUCAGGAAGCGGAUACCAGGGACAAAUAUCAUGCGAGGGUAGCCGAAAAGCUUGACACCAUCGAUGGCAGAAAGGAAUGUGUGGGAAGAACAUGGCAGAAACUUAGGGAUGGAAUGGUAAGUGCAGCGGAAGAAGUGUGUGGAACGAUAAAAAGAGGUAGUAU